AUGACGGACCAAAGACCCACCAUCACAUCAGAGCUCUUCUCUUUCCUGGCAUGCCUGAUGGGGACCAAGCACCACACUACAAUGUCCUACAACCCGGCAGCCAACAGUGUGGUGGAAAGGGUCCACCGGUCCAUCAAGGCUUCCUUAACAGCACGCUGCCAUGGCUCCGAUUGGAAGGCACAGCUUCCCUUGGUCCUCCUCAGUCUCCGUACCGCCCCAAGAGCCAACAGCGACCCUUCCCCAGCAGAGAAGGUGUUCUUCUCUGUAAGUAACAAACACUGCCUGCCCGCCCUUGACGAAGUCCUACCAAGGACCGUACCGAGCCAUCCGUCAGAAGGAGCAGACAUUCCUCGUGUCAAUCGGCAGCCGCGAGGACUGGGUAUCGAUAGAUCGCCUCAAGCCGCCAUCAUCCCCAAUGAAGAUGACCCCACUGAAGGCCCCCACAAAACCCCAACAUUGCUGGUUCCUGACAGUACCCCUAAACGUCGUCGAGGCCGCCCAAGGAAAGCAGUUGAACCCUCCCAUCCCACUACCAGGGCCGGCAUCCUGCUUUCCGGCCCUCAAGAAGAUGAGGACACGCAAGACGCCCUUCAACCGAGAGAAUCAUGA